AUGAAGAAGAAUAUUGUAACAGGAUCAUCACAACAGCUUGCCGUUUGGGAGCGUGUGGGAUCUGAUCUGUGGGAAUCUGUCUCGCAUGGCAAUAAAGAGGCUGUAUCCCUGAGCCAAAUAUGGUGCAAAACGAAGAAAGUCGUAGAAACAUUUGCAGCGGAGGCAGAAGUACAGGCGGCGGUUAGUAAUAUUUUUAAAUCAAAGGAAGAGCCGCCUUGUGUAUUGCCGGUGGGAGCCCAUGAAUUCUUUGGGGGAGAAGAAACUGUGAUUACGCUAGCCUCCAGUGCGCCCGAGAUUGAUCCCAGCACCGUCCCACUCCCUCAAGACUCAAAUGAACCCUUGGAAAAGAUGGAGGUUACCAAUGCGGGGACGAUUGAAUUUCAGGAAGAAAUGAAAAGGCAGGGUUAUCAAUUGCAAGAGAUGUUAAAUAAAUUGUCCCAGCUGGCCGGGGAGGACCAUCCUCCACAAUCUCAUACAUUAAAAACCCUUCACGAUUAUGGUAUGUUGCGUGACGCACCUGCACCAGGUUCGUCCGCCUUUGAGUCCAACUUUAUGAGAAAUUAUAAGACUAAACCGCCCAAUAAAACCCCACGCACAGGUGAUGUCGCUACCCCCUGUCCCCGUUGCGGGUUAUGGGGGUGCAAUGUGGGUUGUACCGAGCAAGAUAACCCUUUCAUGAGUAAGUCGCCGGAACAUGGCAACCCCUUUAUCAGCAAACCACCAGCAUAUUCAUCUGACACUGCCGGGUCUGGGUUCCCAGAUCCGGUGCGGCGAUGGCACGGACUUAUAAAAGAGGCCCAUAUAGAGGGGGAAUUUUUACCUGAGGCCUUUCCAGUCAUAACACCGGACCCAAAUAACCCGGCCCGACGACAAUGGGCACCAUUGGAUUGGAAACUAGUUCAUGAAGCACAAAAAUCAAUAAUGUCCUAUGGCAUGAAUAACCCAUAUGUACAGUCUCUAAUAGAGCAAAUAUUCGUUGGGCAAGCUAUGUGCCCUUAUGAUUCUUCAAAGUUUGCUGACAUGCUCUUAACGCCAACUCAAAGGUUAUUGUGGAAAGACAACUGGUCAAAACGUGCGGAGAUGGCUCUUGUACAUAAUAUCGACUUAUCAGAGGAUAAUCCGUUGUGUUAUGCCACCCAGGACAUGCUUAUGGGAACCGGGAUUUACACAGAUCCUCAGCGUCAAGCCCGUCUCGAUCUGCGGAUUCUACAGCAGUCGCAGGGAUUGGCUUUGGCCGCCUUUAAAGAAGUACCCCAAAUGGGUAAGCCAGUUCCGCCGUAUGCAAAAAUCGUCCAGGCUCCUUCAGAACCUUAUUCCACAUUUCUUGAUAGACUAAGAGAGGCGAUAGACCGUUCUCCUAACUUGACAGCAGAAGCAAAGGCGGCUGUUGGGCUUGAUCUCGCUACGCAAAAUGCCAAUGCCGUUUGUCGUCGUAUUUUGGCUACCCUACCGAAAACUGCUUCCCUCACCGAAAUGGUAGAGGCUUGCAAUAGAGCCUCUAUCUACGAAGAAACUGAUAAAGCAGAAAUACAUGCAAAGGCCCAUGCAUCUGCACUAGCGGUCGCCCUUCGGCCUUUAGUAAAACUAAAUCAGAACACUAAUAAACCUACUCGUCUGUCAGGAGUCUGUUUUGCGUGCAGAAAGCCGGGACAUAUGAAAAAGGACUGCCCAAAUAAAAAUACAUGA